CCUCCUGCCGGUGCGGAAAGAUGGCCCACACCUGGAUCUCCAUGUACCUGCCCCCCGACAUCAACCCCGCCCAGGCUUCCAUCGCGUACGGCUGCCGGGCCCUGCCCAAGCUGAACGAGGAACUGCAGUCCGAGGACCUGCAGACCAGGCAGAAAGCCCUCAUGGCUCUGUGCGACCUCAUGCAUGACCCCGAGCAUGUCUAUGUGGCCAUCGACAUAGGCUGCCUGGAGAGCCUGCGGGUUUUGCUGAAGGACACCAACCACAUGGUGCGCAUCAAGACCACCGAGGUGCUGUCCAUCAUGGCGACCCACACCGUGGGCAGGGACGGCUUUCUGAGGGACGGCAUCGUCACCGCGCUGUCCCAGCUGCUGAACGACCCGCAGCCGGCCUGCCGCGAGAACCUGCACCUGGCCUUCCAGCACCUGGCCCAGGUGCCCUCAGAUGUGAACAGAUACAGAUCUUUCCUCGCGCGUUUUCCAACUCUACGUAAACGGAUCUUGCUUCCAUAUCUCCUUGCUAUUAAAACAAUGCAAUGCU